UGUAUCCUGCGUUGGCGGGAGAUCAGCCAAUGGGGAUCGCCGUCUCUGCCGAUGUUGUUGGCGGGGUUGUGGGGGGGCGUCUCUGGGCCUUCAUCCAGCAGUGGAUCGACGGCCGAGACCCCGAACAGACGCAGGGGGGCCUCCACUCGAGGAGAUGGAGCGAUGAAUUCGGCUACUGUGCGUGAGCUAGAGGCUGGCGGGCGGGCGGCGUGAUCGCAUCAGUGAGAGGGCGGCACGCCCGUGUGCGGAGGAGGCCCUGCCAAGGACACCUCGAGGAGGAGGCCUUGUUCAACAGAACCUCGCCACGUCCCAGCCACGACCCUCCACCCCAGCACGGCUCCAGAGUGCCUUGUGAGAUCAGUGUCAUCACCCGGCCCCUCUGUCACCUCCAUCCUCGUCUUCUCUUCACCUCCCACCCGCCCAACUUCCUUGGCCAGUCCUUCUCAAGCAGCGCAACUCCCCAGAUGUUCAGCUCGUGAAGCACGUGUCCCCCUCACACCUCCCUCAUCUUCUCUUCCCCUCUUUCUGCCAGUCCUCCUCUUCCAUCUCCUCCACAUAUUUUCCUCCUCCAGAAUCAUCACUCCUCCCCUUCCUCUUUAAUCUUCUGUAAUCAUCACUCCCUUCUCCUGCUGCGAUUACUGCCUUCCCCAUCUUCCUCCAUAACCGCCACCACCACCGCCUCCUCCUCCCUCCUCCACAUCGCCGCGAGCGAUGGCCGAGCAGGAGCGACCACAGGCGCUGUCGGUGGUGACCCAGUUGCGCGACCUCGCGUCGGAGCCGCAGAACCGCGAGGUGAUCGUCAGGGACCACGGCUGCCUGCCGGGGCUCGUCCUCUUCCUCGACCACCACGACGCCGACGUUGUGUUUUCGGCGCUGCAGGCGCUGAGGUAUUUGGCGGAGAGUGCGGCCAACCGGGAGAGGAUGCGCAGUGAGCUGGGCAUGCUGCUCAGCCUGCAGAACAUCAUCGACAAGAAGGAGCGCUUGCACGAAGCCGGCUCCCUGGCCGCCGAGAUUCACGAGCUGCUCACGCGCCCGGCCAGCGCCACCACGGCGGUGCCGGGGGGCGGAGGCAGCGGCGGGGUGACGACGCGCCCCCGCAAGGGGCAGUUCUUCCUGGGCAACACCAACAAGAAGGCCAAGGUCGUGACGCUGCACAUCGACGGCCUAACUGACGGGGGCCGGCGCAGCUUGUGCGAGGACGCCCUGCUCAAGGUGAGAGGCGUCAUCAGCUUCACGUUCCAGAUGGCGAGCCAGCGCUGUGUGGUGCGCAUACGCACGGAGCUCAAGGCGGAGUGCCUGGCGUCGGCGAUUGCUGCCACGAAGGUGAUGUCGGCGCAGCAGGUGAUCAAGAACGAGAGCGGAGAGGAGGUGCUGCUGUCGCUGGAGCAGUGCUCCGAGGGGCUGGAGGAGAACGAGGAGCUGCCCGACUACCUCCCCGAGGAGGAGAGCCCCGUGCGGCAGAACGGGCGCGCCGUUUCGCGCGUCGGCGCCAAGAAGGACGCCGGCGGCAGCUGGCUCAGCUCGGCCGCCAGCUUCCUCACCAAAUCCUUCUACUGGUGACACCGGCAGCAAGACCACGGCGACGGUGACGCCGCGCCGGACGGGAAGCACCGCAAGGCUGAGCCGCACGCACCGCGCCGAAGGAGAUGGGCGGCGUGAUGGCGGACCAGAGAGAGCCCGGUUGAUGUUAUUAUAAUUAUUAUUGGUGUCAGCUUUUUUUUUGUUAUCCCUUGGUUAAUCACGACGACCGGGGUUCAUUGUACAGCCGGGGGUCCGUUUUAGGUCGAUGAACCGGAAAAUAUUUUUCUCCACCCAGAACACCGCAUCCAGUAUAUCUCUCGCUAUGGGCUGUGGCUACUACUACUAACAACUGCUAGUCACGUGCCACACCGCCUGCAGUCUACCCAGCAUGGACCCAGCCAAUAUCUUGGUGGACAAGAAUUGCACGCACGCGACCACUCUGCACGUCGAAAACUGAGGAUGACGACGACGACGAUGACUGCAGCGACAAAAAUAAUAACUUCACUCCUGCCAAGUCGGCCUUACCCAUGCGACGGUGGGAGCUGUUGGCGUGGCACGCCGUCGUGAAGUUUAGGCCGCCGGUAAACUUGAGACGGCGCAUUGGCGUGAGAGACCUCUCCUACGCCAAGCGUCGAGCUCACACGGUCGCUAACGGAGCGGCUGGAAAAGCACAACUACGGAGGCCACUGAUGUCCACCGCCGCCGCCACCACCAACGCACCCCGAUGAGUGAGUGGCAGGAUCGGACUCAGGCCGGCCACAGAAAAUUUUAAGUAACAAUAAGUUCACGGAAUGGCCUGAGCCAGUGGUGGAAAUUACACUUUCCCGUAACGGGGUCCAGUAUAUAUACACACACACAAACAUCAGCUUCCCAAAUGGUGCAGUGCUCGUUGAAUCACCCACUCUCGGAGAGACGAUGUUGACGAUGGUGGCGAGUCUGCCCCUGGCCGGGGAGUCGACGCGCACGAGUGUUGGGAUCACGGUGACGCGCGGAUCUAUAGAAUAAAACUGCGUUGAGCGAUUCGCAAAAGGGUUUUGAGAACAACGCUAAUAGUAUUGUUAUUGUUGCGCCUAAGUAUUUUGUUUGGUGGCAGCCUUUUGUUUGUUACAUUUAGUUUUAUGGUUGGCGUGCCUAACUUCUUAGGAAGAAGAGGUGUGGGCGUCGUUAUUGUUGGCAAAAGGUGCGGGGUGGUAAAGUUGGCGAGGGCGCGACGCGGCGGUGUCGAGCCAUCCGUGUUCUAAAAAUAAAAACGGAAGCUGCUCUGUUGUGAAGAUGGGCGCUGCCAAACCAC